CUCUGCAUCCCUUUCUCAUUCCUAAAACCUCUCAUCUCAUCUCAUCUCAUCUCAUACUCAAAACUCAAUCAAUCAUCUUCCAUUUAUUCAAACAUAACAUAAACAGAACAAACCUCUCUCUCUCUCUUUCUCUCAUCUUGCUUGCUUCAAUGGCACGUCUUCUCUCCCGUCUCCUCGUUGAAUCCAACUCUCCUUUGCCUGCGGUUGAUAACUCCACUGCCGCUUUGAAUUCCGAUCUCGUCGUCAUCCUCGCUGCUCUCCUCUGCGCUUUGAUUUGCGUUCUUGGCCUCGUAGCGGUUUCUCGAUGCGUCUGGCUCCGUCGUCUCGCAGCCGGAAACAGAACCGCCUCAGGAUCUCAUCAAGGUCAAUCUCCUUCGCCUCCGGUCGCAGCGGCUAACAAAGGACUCAAGAAGAAAGUACUCCAGUCACUCCCGAAGCUCACCUUCUCACCGGAGUCACCGUCGUCGGAGAAAUUCGCCGAGUGCGCGAUCUGUCUAACGGAAUUCUCCGCCGGGGACGAGCUCCGGGUUUUGCCGCAGUGUGGUCACGGAUUCCACGUGCCAUGCAUUGACACGUGGCUAGGUACUCACUCGUCUUGUCCUUCUUGCCGUCAGAUCUUGGUCGUUGCCACGUGUCACAAGUGUGGCGGUUUACCCGGUAGCUCUAGCUCUGAACCCGAGUCCGUACCCGAGAUUGAGAUCCGAAUCAAGCAAGGCGAAGAUGAUCCCAACUCAUNCUCC